AUGGAUGACGCACGGGCAGCAAGAAGGAGAAUACGGUAUCAACUUCGGAGGACAUUUCUACCAAUGACUACGAGCAAUACCGACUUCUUCUAUCGAAUGGCAUUCGAUGAUGUUGAGAGACGAAUUAUAAUAUUAGUGUUUGUUUCCAGGAAAAACUACAUUCUGUCCUGUCAUUUGAGAGAAGGGCGUAUUAGGAAUGUGAAUGAUUUCUGUACUUGCAGUCAUUGUAGGCCGGUUGCGCAUAUUCCUGUUUGUUAUGCGUAUUGCUGUCAUGAAGUCGAAAAUGAUUUGAAGGGAAAUUGCGCUCAUGCAGAAAGAUUGAUCCAAAAGAUGAGCAAUUUGGAAUGUAUUACUGAACAUGUGUCGUUUGCUAGCAUAUGCUUGGAUACAGAGGUGUUGAACAUGUUAGCAGAGCAUCCAGGAGUUUGUCCAAGCUGGCUCGGGAAUAUACUUACAUUUACCAAUCGUGAAUAUCGUUAUCUAGCUUAUCGUCCUUUCAGUUACUGGAUUCAUGGCAGUGAAUCAAAGGGUAAUCGAAUGGACCCACCACUUUGUGUUCUUAACAAGAUAGUUGAGAGGUAUCCGUUCAAUGAAAAAAUUUCGGCUGGUUAUUGGGGGGUAUUCACACUCUUUGGAUCUUACUUUUUUGAGGAGUACGAGGAAGGCGAUGAUAUGUGGAACUAUAUCGAUUUACAACAUUCACACUAA